AUGUCUUCCGCCGAUCCUGAACAGAACCUCUCCCCGGCAGAAUUAGCUGAACGUGAUCGUAAGGAGCAAGAGCGCAAGGAUCAGCAGGAAGCCGAGCAGGCCAAGCUGCCUUACAAAUGGACCCAGACUAUUCGCGACCUCGAGCUCACAGCGCCUAUUCCGGCCAACAUCAAGGGCCGCGACAUGGUCGUCGUGCUUACCAAGAGCAAGAUCCAGGUUGGCAUCAAGGGACAGGACCCUAUCAUCGAGGGUGAUUUUCCUUAUCCUAUUCUCGUCGAUGAAUCCUCUUGGACCCUCGAAACCACACCCACCCCGCCCGGCAAGGAAGUCAGCGUGCACCUUGACAAGGUGAAUAAGAUGGAGUGGUGGCCCCAUGUUGUCAAGACUGCUCCUAAGAUCGACGUCACGAAGAUCACACCCGAGAACUCGAGCUUGAGCGAUCUUGACGGAGAGACCCGCGCUAUGGUGGAGAAGAUGAUGUAUGACCAGCGACAGAAGGAAGCCGGUGGCCCGACAAGUGAUGAACAGAAGAAGAUGGAUCUUCUGAAGAAGUUCCAGGCCGAGCAUCCCGAAAUGGACUUCUCCAAUGCGCAGAUUGGCUAG